CGCGCGGGGCUGGGAAGUCGCGCGCACCCUCGGCUCCCGGGGACAGGCGUUUAACUCUUGCCAAGUCUCGCCGCCGCCGCGGCUCGCGGGCCCUGGGCUUUCCCUUGAAGCAUGAGCCUUCCCUCCCGCCGCCGCCAACGCUGCGCGCGGGUCGCGGACCGUGCGAGCCGGGGCUCCGGGCCAGCGGACUCCAGAUCCCUUGCGCCCCGAGCCCGGAAGCUUGCGGCAGGCGAUCCGUGGGUGACCGCGUCUGCGAGGGACUUGGCCACACCAACACCCUGCCGGAAUUUGGAGAGGGAGAACCAGCUGCUUGCAGUCCCCUCCCCCUCCGCCACCAUUUCGGACACCCCGCAGAGACUCGUUUCGGGAUACCCCGCGACUUCCAAGAAAGGACGCGAGGUCCUCUGGCCCCCCCAGCUCGGGCGACCACCUGUCCCGGACGCGUGGACGCAUCUCCCAUGACCCUGCGGUGCCUGGAGCCCUCCGGGAAUGGCGCGGACAGGACGCGGAGCCAGUGGGGGACCGCGGGGUCGGCGGAGGAGCCGUCCCCAGAGGCGGCGCGACUGGCCAAGGCCCUGCGCGAGCUCAGUCAAACAGGCUGGUACUGGGGGAGCAUGACUGUUAAUGAAGCCAAAGAGAAGCUCAAGGAGGCGCCUGAAGGGACGUUCUUGAUCAGAGACAGUUCACACUCAGACUACCUACUAACCAUAUCCGUUAAGACGUCCGCUGGACCGACCAACCUCCGGAUUGAGUACCAAGAUGGGAAGUUCCGGUUGGAUUCUAUCAUCUGUGUCAAGUCCAAGCUUAAGCAGUUUGACAGUGUGGUUCAUCUGAUUGACUACUAUGUCCAGAUGUGCAAGGAUAAACGGACCGGCCCGGAGGCCCCUCGGAACGGGACUGUUCACUUGUACCUGACCAAACCUCUGUACACGUCAGCCCCAUCUCUACAGCAUUUCUGCCGACUCACCAUUAACAAAUGUACCGGUGCCAUCUGGGGACUGCCUUUACCAACAAGACUAAAAGAUUACUUGGAAGAAUAUAAAUUCCAGCUCCCAGGACUCGACCCUCCAAAGCUCGAGACUUCCUGGAGGAGAAAGGAAUAGUACGAUGAUUUUAUAGAGAGAAAAUUGCCGCUUUGCUUCCUUUGGCGACUCUGGCACCUGAGCCUUGCAUCUGAAAACCCUGCGAGAAUGAGACCAAUCGAGGCGGCCGAGCGACCCUCCUAUGACUUAAAGCAGUUCUGAAAACAGUGUCCCAGGGACCAGGAGAACAAGCCCCCAGGACAAUGUUAGCCUGAGGUGGGAGUCGGGUGAGCUACUGAGAAUAGGUAGCGCCUGGUUUUCAGCUUCAGCCAAAGACUUGGCUCUUCUGAGCUGGAGAUCAUGGCCCCGGUCUUUCUAAGGCAUCUUUAAAAGGAAACAAACCUCUUUUUGCUUACUCAGUUGUGGGUUCGGAUCUUGUGGCUGCCACUGGGGUGAGCAGGAGCUGACUUGGGAGGUUCUUAAGGCGAUGUUUUGGUCUCUGCUGUGUUGUUGACGUGAGUGCCACGGCUGCCCACUUCACAGCAUGCCAGACCCUCCAUCCUCAGCCUGGCACGCUUACCCAACCUUAUCUUGCUGGAUUCUUUUCUACUCGGCUGCACCCUCCUAAUAGACUCCACCAUCCAGGAAUACCUCAUAAUCCCACAGUCGCCGAGCAAGCCAGGAUGCUCUCCCUCACGUCAGAGAUCUGAACACUCUGUUCCCUCCCAACAUGUUCUUCCUACCCCCUCUCCCCGGAGAACUCCUGCUUAUCCAACAUGGCCCAGCUCAAGCAUUUUUCCCCUGUAUCUCUCCAAGCAUCCCCAGAAUGUCGGAUCCACCCUGUACCUAAUGUACAAUCCUGUUACACAACCCUCUUGACCUCAGUGUCGGUGAAACGCUCUAUUGGUAAGGAAUUAUUUCGCAAUAUUUAUAUAUUUUCAUGAUAUGGCAUGAUGCAAUCAUUAAAAAAAAAAAAAAAAAAAACGUAGGAAGCCCAUGGAGAAGAAACUCCCAAACUACCUGCCGACUUGCUAGAGUCUGUUACUAUUAGCAUUUUGUUUCUGAGCUGGCAUGCACCUUGGCACAUACCUGCACCCAGCUGAAAUAGGGGUGUCUGCUACAUGCUGGAGACUGGUCUGGGUA